UACAGUCGACAAUCGCCAGUACAACAGCCAGUAUGAGGACUAAGGAGCAACUACAACAGCAAUUGCGUGCAGAUAUAGGAACUGAUAAGAUUCCAAUUGUUAGGAGAACAAAAGUUUCAUCUCUUUCCUUGGAACAGCUUCAAGAAAUAAUGUUGGAGAAAAAUAUAGCCGCGGAAGGAAGUCGUGAGCACAUGGAAAACAUUUUAGUGACAUCUUUAGGUUGUAACGAAGUGGAUAUUGUUGAUAUGGUUAGAAUUGAUUCUUUAAAUGUUAUUCAAUUGGAGGAGUUGUUAAGUGGAAUAUCAAGAACACCUGAGGAGAAUAUUGUUUUUAAUGAAAUGGAAAGUCAAUCUAAAGCGGCUGGAGAAGAGUUGCCUGCAAUUGCUGCUGCUAAAAAAAACAUAAAAGAAGCACAACAGGAACUAGCACAAAAUUGUGGGUUUGGAGAUCAAAUUAUAUGGGAUCUAUUAACUUUAAAUGAUGCUAAAGUUAUGAAGAAUAAAAUAAAACAAUUAAUACCUGAUCAAAAAAAGGGACAAAAAACCAUCGUAAAUCUAAGAAAUACUAUUUUUGAAAACGUUUGGGCUCAAAGAAAAUACACAAAUCGUACUUCCGUAUCUUAUAUAUUUUAUGUGAUGGUAACAAAAGAUGAAGAUUUCAACACUGCACUCGAUUCCACUGAAUUUUCAUGUCAUCCCGUAUUUCGUUGUAGAAAAUGUGUUAACCGUUCCGAUAGUAGUAAAUGCUGUAUGAUUUAUGUUGAUGAAACAGGAAGAGUUUAUCAAAAUUGGAAAUCGUUUGUAGAUGAAAAUGUUUUACCCGCUGGUACAAUGGUAGCACCACGAAACGGUAUUUAUAACUUCAAUAAAAAGAAUGAAGUAAUAUUGGAUAUAUAUUGUACGCCGAAUGGGACAACUGGGGCAAAAGCUAUGAAUAUUGCACAAACUGGUUCAGCUGUAAUGGGUAUUGGUGCAGCAUGUGUGCCUCUAGCAGCUAUAGCCUUACCAAUAGCAGCUCCAGUCGUAGGAGCGGCUGGUUUAAUUGGUCUAGGCGUUGGAGCAUUUACAUCAAUAACCUCAGCUUUGAAUUUGAGCGAUCGUAAAAAACACGAACAGUCGAUUAGUAUAACCGAUAGCCAAGCUAGAGGCAGUUAUCUUGGUGUGAUUGGUGGUGCCGUUGGUGUGUUUGCUGCCGGUGCAACUCGUUUUAUGACAUCAAUGGCGGCAGCUGGUAAAGCUACGGCGGGUAUAGAAGUUUUGGUCAAUGGCAUAAAUAUAUCUUCGAUUGUACUUUCCGGUAGUGGUGUAGCGAAUGGUGUUCUAGAUUUAAUAUUUAAAUAUAACGAUGGUGAUAAAAUUUCUUCGCUUGAUGUUCUACAAUUAUCAGCGUCAUUAGUCCUAUUUACACAUUCGGUUUAUAAUUUCCAAUUGGCUUCACAAAUCGCCAAUGAUGCUCGGGUCAAUUCGAUCAAGUCCUAUCGUGAAACCCUAAGUAAUCGGCAAAGAAAAAUGUUCGAUAAAAUGUCAAAAGAAACGGUGCGUAUACGUGGUAGCACACAAGGAAAAAUGGAUAUCAUACGUGGCGUUAAUGAAAUUCCAGACCGGCAAUAUUUAAAUGAUUUAUUUAAAAUUAAUAAACAACUGAACCAACGUAAUGUCAGACCAGCUUUCGGGGAAGCUGGCAAAGGUGUAGUUUUAAAUAAUGAGUUGCCGGUAGAUACGGCCGCGCUUAGGCAAAGUGUACAACAUCAACAAGGUCCUAAUAUAUUGGAGCAAGUUGCUCGGCCCAUACCGUCUACUCACAACUCUGACACUUAUACAACACAAACACCUAAAAUGGCCAGACUUUUGUAUUCGACUGGAACUAUUGAGCAGGCCAUUGAUAUUAAUCAAGAUCCCUUAAAUCCUAACAACAAUUCACAAAAUAUUAUAUCGAUAUUGCGCAAUCUGGCAGUAGCAUUACCAAAUGGUGUUAUCAUAUUUUUAAAACAGUAUGGAGACCUGUUUAUGAAAAAUAUUACAGAUGGUUAUAAAUUUCAAGAUGUUAUAUUAAGUAUGGCCGACAAUUUCCAAGAGCAAGUUUUAAGAUUUUUAAUGAAAUUGGCUCAGGAUUUCAUAGAACGUUUCUUGGACGAAAUUCAUCGAGUAUUGAAGUUAUUUAUACCUACUGAAUCUGUUUUAUAUCGUAUGGUAAAACAUGUUUUGGAAAAUUAUAAAGAUUUAAGCUACGAAUACAUCGCAAAUAAAGGCAAUGAAAUUACAGCAGCCGUUAAGCGAUAUUUUCUAUCAUUAAAUCCAAAUAAUCCUUAUGAAUUAUCCAAGAAAUGUCCAGAUUGCAAUGGCAUGUUCUACAUAUGUCAAUUAUAAAAACACUAUAUAACAUAUUUAUGUAUUUAGAAACAGAAGCUAACUUUAAUAAAAGUGCCUUAAUACUUUUAACAUAUCGUAUGCCUAACACAAACAACGCUUUUAAUAAUACAAAAUUUAUGCACAAAUUUAAUCAUGACAUUUGAUAUUAAAACUAGUUUUUAAACUAUAUACAUACAUAUUUAAUCAUAAGCAAUACAAUUCUAAUUAUUAAUAUAUCUAAAGGCAAACUAAUAAAGUUUUUCAAAAAUAAA